UCACACACCUUCAGUUCACAGUGUGUGACAAGCACAGGCAGCUAUGAGAAACCACAGGAUGGACGCCGUGCCACUUCCUGGAGCAGUCCACUUGACUUGAGGAGUCAGAAAGGAAGAAUCUGGUCCGCCUUCUCAGUGCUCUGCCCUCCUCCUGCUAUGAGCCCUAAGACGGAGGAGAGGAUGCCUGCCGCUCGGGGGAAGUCCAAAUCCAAGGCACCAGUGACAUUUGGGGAUUUGGCCAUCUACUUCUCCCAGGAGGAGUGGGAAUGGCUGAGCCCCAUUCAGAAGGAUCUAUAUGAAGACGUCAUGUUGGAAAACUACCAGAACCUGGUUUCUCUCGGACUUUCCUUUCGGAGACCAAACGUGAUCAGCUUAUUGGAGAAAGGGAAAGCGCCCUGGAUGGUGGACCCAGUGAAAAGACGCCGGGGCUUGGACUUAGGGUCUAAAUGUGAGACCAAGAAGUUACCUCCAAAUCAGUGCAACAAAUCUGGGCAAAGCAUCUAUCAGAAACCAGUUUCCACGUCACAAAAAGCUCCCACAGGAAAGAGAGGUUGCAGGAAAAAUUCAGUCCUAAUAAAACCCAAGAAAGUACAUUCAGAGAAGAAAUCUUUAAAAUGUAAUGACUGUGGGAAGUUCUUUAGUCAGAGCUUAUCUCUUAAAUUUCAUCAGAACUCUCAUGCUGGGGAGAAGCCUUAUGAAUGCAGUAGUUGUAGGAAAGCUUUCAGACAGAUCUCAUCCCUCAUUCUUCACCAGAAAAACCACAAUGGAAGGAAAAGCUUUGAAUGUGACAAAUGUGGGGAAAGCUUCAUUCAGAGAACAUCCCUGCUCCUACAUGGGAAAAUUCAUGGUGAAAAGGAAGUCUUUGACUGUGGGAAGGCCUUGAGUCAGUGCUCAUCUCUCAGUAUACAUCAGAAAAUCCAUUUUGUUGAAAAUGUCUACCAGUGCAGAAAAUGUAAGAAAGCCUUCAUUCGCAUGUCAUCUUUUUUACUUCAUAAGAAAAUUCACAGUGGAAAGAAAAUACACAAAUGCAAUAAAUGUAGGAGAGUCUUCAGUAAGAAAUCAGUCCUUGUUAUACAUAAAAGAAUUCACACUGGAGAGAAAACUUGUGAAAGUGAGAAGGCCUUAAGUCACAGUCUACAGCAGAGAAGUCACCAUUUAGAGAAUCCUUAUAAAUGCAGAAAAUGUGGGAAAUCCUUUAAUAGAAUUUCAUCCAUUAUGCUUCAUCAGAGAAUUCACAAUUCAGAGAAACCCUACAAAUGCAAUAAAUGUGAGAAGAUCUUCAGGCGGCUUUCAACCCUUAUUCUACAUCUAAGAAUUCAUAGUAAAGAGAAACUAUACCAAUGUAAUAAAUGUGAGAAGGUCUGCAAUCGGCAUUCAUCCCUUAUCCAACACCAGAAAGUCCAUACAAAGAAAAAGAAACUGUUUGAAUGUAAAGAGUGUGGGAAGAUGUUUUCUGGAACUGCCAACCUUAAAAUACAUCAGAACAUUCAUUCUGAAGAGAAACCCUUCAAAUGCACUAAGUGUAGUAAAGUUUUUGGCCGCCAGUCAUUUCUUAUUGAACAUCAGAGAAUUCAUACUGGAGAAAAACCCUAUCAGUGUGAGGAGUGUGGGAAAGCCUUCAGUCACCGCAUCUCUCUUACGAGGCAUAAGAGAAUUCAUAGUGAAGACAGACCCUAUGAAUGUGAUCAGUGUGGGAAGGCCUUCAGCCAGAGUGCUCACCUCGCCCAACAUGAAAGAAUUCACACUGGAGAGAAACCAUACACAUGCAAAACAUGUGGGAAGGCCUUUAGCCAGCGAACAUCCCUCAUCCUCCAUGAAAGAAGUCACACUGGAGAGAAACCCUAUGAAUGUAAUGAAUGCGGGAAGGCAUUCAGCAGCGGCUCCGAUCUUAUUCGGCAUCAGAGAAGUCAUUCCUCGGAGAAACCCUAUGAAUGUAGUAAAUGUGGGAAGGCAUACAGUCGGAGCUCAUCCUUGAUUCGACAUCAGAAUACACAUUCUGAGGAAAAGGCUUAAGAUUGUUUUAAAUAUGUAAAGCAGAGAGGGAGGCCAGCCAAGUAGCAGAGACAGAGGCAUGGGAAAAUGCAUGUCUGUAACACAAACUGUAAAAAUGGGGCAGUUCGAUGUUGUGUCCCACCUUGAAAGCCAAAGAACAAAAGUCAUUGGUGAUUUGACCGGAGGAUUUGAAAUCAACUGAAGCAGUGACUUUAUCAGACAUCUUAGUUUCAAAAUAACAAGCUCAGAUGAUUGGGUCAGUCAUUUUUAAUGAAGAGCAUUUUUCAUUUGAUAAAAACAACUGGUACUUUAUUUCCAUCAUAACUUUAAAGCUAUUUCAUUGGUCAUGUACAACAAAGUACAUUGUAAAUCCAUUUUUCUGGAUGGAUCUGUGAGCCUAACAUAAGGUCAUGUGAAAAGAGAAUUUGAGUUUGUCCCUUAGAAGUAUCACAGAAGGGAUUUUCUCACAAACCAGGGUGCCAUUUUCAGCUAACAGUAACUUGUGGGUGAGAAUAAAGAAGACUGAGUAAAGAGAUAAUAGCAUUCACAAUUGUGUGGAGCGAUAGAAUCAUUACCAUACUGUCUCUGUUGAUAUGAAGAUAUAUGAUCUUCAUGGUGUGAAAAAUCUAACAAGCCUGGGACAAGCUAAUGGGGAAAAAACCAGGAUGUACUGAAGAAUGAGGAACUUCAGAAUGGGGAGAAAGUAUUAUUUUGUUUGUAUAUGAAUUUAUAUUUAUAUGAAUAAACAUUGGUAUUUUUAUGUAAGAACACUGGUGCGCAACAAGUGAUUGGUGGAGAAUGGGAUGUUGUGGACUGAAUUCAUGUUAAAAACCUAACCCCUAAUGUGACUGUAUUUGAAUUGAGGCCUUUUGGGAUAUAGUAAGGGUUAGAUGAGGUCUUGGAGGAUGUGGUCCUCAUAAUAGGAAUGGUGUUUUUAAAAGAAGAGACACCAGAGAUCUCUGCUGUACGAGGACACAAGACAAACGAGCCCUCACCAGUAUCCAGCUGUGUGUCGUCCUGACCUCAGCCUUCCAGCCUCCAAAACCGGGAGAAAUGAAUUUUACGUCACUCAGUUUAUGGUGUUUCGUUAUGGCAAACUAAACUAAUACAUGAGAAAAACCCUGCAUUUAUGUGCCAGGCUCUUUUCUUGUCAGCUGUUCAUUAUAUAUACAA